AUGGACAAAAAGACGUCAUCUCAACUGAUUCUGAAGACCUCCUCCCUCAUUGUUAACUCAGAGUGUUCUUCUGUCAACCUCGACACUCUUCCAGUUGCUGUGGCUUACCCACGAAGCACGGAGCAAGUCAGUGCUAUUGCUCGCAUCUGCCACAAAUGGCGGGUGCCCAUCAUCCCCUUCAGCGGUGGCAGCAGCGUCGAGGGUCAUAUCACAGCGCCCUUUGGCGGCGUAAGCAUUGAUUUUGCACACAUGGACAAGAUCGUGAAGUUCAACAAGGAUGACAUGGACAUCGUAGUGCAACCGAGCGUUUGUUGGACGGACCUCAAUCAACAGCUUGCCCAGCAACACAGCGGCCUGUUCUUCCCCAUCGACCCCGCCCCAAGUGCCAAGAUCGGAGGCAUGAUAGGCACAAACUGCUCUGGCGCAAACGCUGUACGCUACGGCACGAUGCGAGACUGGGUCAUCAACCUGACGGUCGUCCUUGUAGAUGGAUCCGUCAUCAAGACUCGGCGCCGCCCGAGAAAGUGCUCUGCGGGGUACAAUCUUAAUGGCAUCUUCGUUGGCUCAGAGGUCACCCUUGGGAUCGUCACGGAGGCAACUCUAAAGCUUGCCGUUGUCCCACACCACUUCUCCGUCGCAGUCGUUCCCUUCCCGACCAUCAGACAGGCCGUCUCAGCUGCAGCAGACGUCAUACGCGCCGGGGUGCCAGUCGCGGCUCUGGAGCUUAUGGAUGAAGCUCAGAUGCGCAUCGUCAACCAAGGCGGUGCCACGAGGCCACGGGUCUGGCAAGAAAAGCCAACCCUAUUCUUCAAAUUCUCCGGUACACAAACUUCCGUUAAUGACAACAUCAGCAGCGUUCAGCGAAUCGUGGAGCCUUACAGCCCUGACGUCUUCGAGUUUGCCAAAGAUGAGCGUGAGCAGAAGCUUCUGUGGUCGGCCAGGAAGGAGUCGCUCUACUCUCUGCUAGCUAUGCGAAAGGAGGGUGAGGAGAUGUGGAACACUGAUGUUGCCGUCCCUCUCAGCCGGCUGGCCGACAUCGUCGAGGCCAGCAAGGACGAAGCGCAAAAACUUGGCCUCAACGCCUGUAUCAAAGGUCACAUUGGCGACAGCAGUUUCCACGAAAAUAUCACCUACAACAAGACCAUACCUGAAGAAGCCGCCAAGGCCAAACUCGCGGUCAAAAACAUGGUCGCGCGCGCGUUGGAGAUGGACGGCACCUCGACGGGCGAGCAUGGAAUAGGUUUGGGCAAGAAGGACGCCCUAAUGUCCGAAGUAGGAAAUGAUACGAUUACCGUGAUGAAGCUGAUCAAGGGCACCCUGGACCCCAACUGGAUCUUGAAUCCAGGAAAGAUAUUCGACCGGUAG